UUUGCAGUUUAAUGGAUACCCUUUAUCAUACACCAAUGAGCCCAUAAAUUGUCAUCCUCUGUCAAGAAAAAUACAGUCUGUCAUUGUGAUCACAGACAGGAUGACAGAAGAACUACCAAACUAAGAGAAACUCUGCAACAGGCUCAUUGUGAUCACAGACAGAAUGACAUAAGAACUACCACACUAAGAGAAACUCUGCAACAGGCUCAUUGUGAUCACAGACAGGAUGACAGAAGAACUACCAAACUAAGAGAAACUCUGCAACAGGCUCAUUGUGAUCACAGACAGGAUGACAGAAGAACUACCAAACUAAGAGAAACUCUGCAACAGGCUCAUUGUGAUCACAGACAGAAUGACAGAAGAACUACCACACUAAGAGAAACUCUGCAACAGGCUCAUUGUGAUCACAGACCGAAUGACAUAAGAACUACCACACUAAGAGAAACUCUGCAACAGGCUCAUUGUGAUCACAGAGAGUGUUGUCAUGCUCUUAAGAACGGAAAGCUACAAUGCGUCCUGGCCUGGGCGUGAAUGAUGCAGUUCCCAUAUUUGGCGGGUUGCGAUUGGUGGCAGCCAGCGGUGGUAUCAUUGUUGUAGGACUGCAGGAUGUCCUGAGGAAGACACUCCGCACUCUUGCCUCUACUGGGGCCAGUACAGCACGCACAGCAGCUGUCUAGCGUUCACAGCAGGGAGGCGCACGGCAGGGAGGCACGCUCUACACCUCCUAUCACCCCCUCGGCCACCUGAGGUGCUGGCCUGGAACGUGGGCUGUGGAGAUCCCGUCUUCUCCAACCCCCGUCCUGAAGGGGACCAGAAAUUUGACUUUUUGUUUCAGUUUUUGUGUGUUUUGGUUUUUGUCGGCUCUGCUGCAUAAGGAAAAAGUGUAAGUGUCAAGAAAGAGAAGACUCCUCUUCUGUACUGGGAGGGCAGAGGAGAGCAUAGACAACAGAGCCAGGAGUGUGCUCUCCGAUUGACCGGACAGACCGUUGACUAGACGGAGAGACGGAGCGGGCAUUAACGUCAAGGAGGUCAACCAGGAAAACAAAACUGCUAUAUUUGGCGAGAUAUACGCGUCCAUUGACACUUUGGCAUUCACAUUUGGCAAUGUAGUGUCUGACUUUCUUAUGGGAGAUGUGGACAGCCAAUCAGGGUUGGGGAUCCCACCGACCAGGAGAAGCAGGUCUUCUGAGAAUCUCUCUGUGGAUUCUGGGAGAUGUGUUCCAGAGAAGGAUACUGGGUGGAAGAAUGACCUAGUGGGCCCAGAGGUGGCGCUGUCUGAGGAGGAGGAGGAGGAGGAUGUUGACCUGACGCUGCAGAAGAACGACAGCGGGGUGGAGUCGGCUCUGCUCUAUGCCAAGGCCUGGUCUAAGUACACCAAAGAUCUGCUGGCCUGGGUCGACAAACGCCUGGGACUGGACAUCGAAUGUGCCAAGAGCUGUGCCAAAAUGGCAGAAUCUGCAAAGAUGCUUGCGAGUCAACAGGACUACAUGCCAUUCAGGGAGACCUAUAUCUCUACGUUUAAGAAUGACACAGAGUACAGCCAACUCCUCCUGCAGACUGCCACUGCCCUGCAGACCAACAAAUUCAUGCAGCCGCUGUUGUCCAGAAGGACUGAGCUGGACAAACUGAGGAAAGACCUUAACGAGCAGUGGCAGAGAGAACAGAAAAAAAUGCAAGAGUCCGAGGCGGCGCUGCGUAAGGCCCAGUGGGCCCAGACCCAGAGGACAGACGAGUACCAGAAGGCCCAGUCGUCAGCCAGCCGCUCCCAGGAGGAACAGCCCAGACAGCUGGACAAGAAGAGGAAACUGGAGGAGGAGGCUCUACAGAAGGCUGAGGAUGCGAGGGACCACUACAGAUCCUGUGUAGCUGAUGCAGGAGCCAGGAGGGCAGAGCUGGCCAGCACCAAGACAGACAUCCUCACUCAGAUCAGAGAACUGCUGGCUCAGUGUGACCUCACACUCAAAGCUGUGACCGUCAACUGGUUCCAGCUGCAGCAGGCCCAGACCGUGCCUCUCCCCGGCCACUACCAGGCCCUGUGUGAAAACGCGAAGAUGUACGAGCCUGGACAGAAAUACGCCGAGUUUGUCAGAAAUCUACCCAAAGAUCAGAUACACAUGGAGUCCUUCUCCGUUGACGGACGGUUUGCUUUGUUCAGCAAGCGUUCGCUGGGCAGCACGAGUUCCCAUGGUAACUUGUCCCAGGUGUCCCUGACCUCCGAUGACGUCCUGAGUGGGGACGAGGUGGACAGUCCCCUGGGGUCGCGACCUGGGAAGAGGUCCAACAGCGCCACAGACAUACAAGGUGACUUUAAACGCAGACUACCCAGAACCCCCUCCACUGGCACCAUGUCCUCAGCAGACGACCUGGACGAGAGACAACCAUACUCAGACAACGGUCUGGGUGAGAUGGUGACCGAGGCAGACGGUUCCCCUGGUCCGUUUCGUAACGCCCAGAUGUCCAAGGCGUCUCAGACACACAAGCUGAGGAAACUCAGAGCGCCGUCUAAGUGCAGGGAGUGUGACAGUCUGGUGGUUUUCCACGGAGCAGAAUGUGAAGAGUGCUCCCUGGCCUGUCAUAAGAAGUGUCUGGAGACCCUGGCCAUCCAGUGUGGUCAUAAGAGGCUGCAGGGAAGACUACAGCUGUUUGGGAUAGACUUCACCCAGGCAGCUAAGAACAGCCCAGAUGGGAUCCCCUUCAUCAUCAGGAAGUGUACCUCUGAGAUCGAGGUCAGAGCACUCAACCUCAAGGGAAUCUACCGUGUGAACGGGGCGAAGUCUCGUGUGGAGAAGCUGUGUCAGGCGUUUGAGAACGGCAAGGACCUGGUUGAGCUCUCUGACCUCUCACCCCACGACAUCGGCAACGUGCUCAAACUCUACCUGAGACAGUUACCAGAACCGUUGAUCCUGUACCGAUACUAUAAUGACUUCAUCGGAUUGGCCAAGGAGAGCCAGAGGGUGAUCAUCGAAGAGAAGGCUGUAGCCAGGGCCCUCCAGGACCAGGGGCGGCCAGGGGGAGAACAACCCCGACCAGGGGGCACCCAGCCUGGGGUAGAGGGAGAGCAGCCUCCCCUGAGAACCAGCCAGCCUGGAGGAGACCAGCCCAGUAUCAAACUCAAUAGAGUCAUCUUUAAGAUUAGAGACCUGUUACGACAGCUACCGCCUGCAAACUACAAGACUCUACGCUUCCUCAUCGCACACCUACACAGAGUGACAGAGCAGGCCGAGGAAAACAAGAUGACAGCCAGUAAUCUGGGUAUUAUUUUCGGCCCUACGCUGGUCAAACCACGACAGACUGAUGCAGAGGUUUCCCUGUCUUCUCUGGUUGAUUACCCUUACCAGGCACUGAUGGUGGAGUUGCUGGUACGUCACUUCCAGAUGAUCUUUGACGUGGCCAGCCCCGUCUCCUCCUCUUCCUCCUCCUCCUCCACGGCGGACCAGACCUCCACCCGACUCACCCUUCAGGAGGAGCAGAGACUCAGCCUUCGCUCCGUCUCCCUGCUCGACAUCAAGGAGCAGAGCACCAAAGUCUGCAAGAGACACUCGUCGGUCAUCCCAUCCUCUCAUAUCCUAGAUGAGGUGAAGACAGGAAGGACUGGACCAGACAGGAGAGAGUUAACAGCCCUGGAGAGGCUCAACGGCGUCGGCUCUGCUGCUGCUGGUGGUCCCAAGGUGCAGAGGUCUACCCUUGUGUUUGGCCGUCCCAGCAUCAAUCUCUCCUCCUCUACCUCCUCUACGGCCCCUCGGGUCCAACUUCGCUCCCAGCGCUCGAGAAUACUGUUCCGACCAAUCAGCAUGCCCUUGGAGCGCCUGCCCCUCCCCACCCCCUCCCAGGUCGUUGAGAGGAACGACCAGAACACCAACGACGCCGCCAUGUUGGAUCCCACCGCUGACUCCAUCACGGAGUCGGCCGAGCCGGAGAAGGAAAUGCCUCGGAUUGGUGAGGGGUCAAGGGUCAGUACCUACUUUAUCACACCCUUCAAUCCCCAGGCCGUGCAGCGUAGGACCUGGGACAGGAAGUACAAACACUACGAUGUCACGCCGCGCACCGCCAUGAUCAUGGCUAAUUUACCGCCUGCCGGUGCUGGCCCCGGAACACAGCCGACAGGGAAGCAGCCGACGAUGCCGACACAACCAUCCGUAUCUGGGCCGACUAGCUCUGCUCUCCCAUCCAGUGGAAGUGUCGGCACCAUAUUUUCCAACAGCCCUUACACGUUAUCGGUGAAGGCUGGCCAGACGUCCAGAAGAGACAGAGAGGAGACAAAGGACAGGCCUAACUCUGCUGCUGGAGGUGGUGGGGAGACUAGAACCUCUACCAACUCCCCCAUAGCGUUCAGACAACCAAGGAAUCUGCAGCCUCCGCCCGGAACCUUCUACAAGCCUCCUGGUGGUUCUUCAGCCACGAGAGGCUGGCCAUCAUCAAGUACCUCUGGUACCACUAGCCCCAUCAAUAUGUCCCCAACUCCUACUGUUAAAACCUCUGCCCCGACCUCUCCUACUGUUAAAACCUCUGCCCCGACCUCUCCUACUGUUAAAACCUCUUCUCCUACUGUUAAAACCUUCCCUCCUACUGUUAAAACCUCUUCCACGACCUCUCCUACUGUUAAAACCUCUUCUCCUACUGUUAAAACCUCUUCCCCGACCUCUCCUACUGUUAAAACCUCUUCCCCGACCUCUCCUACUGUUAAAACCUCCACCCCGACCUCUCCUACUGUUAAAACCUCUUCCCCGACCUCUCCUACUGUUAAAACCUCUUCCCCGACCUCUCCUACUGUUAAAACCUCUACCCCGACCUCUCCUACUGUUACAUCCUCUUCCCCGACCUCUCCUACUGUUAAAACCUCUUCCCCGACCACCUCUACUGUUAAAACCUCUUCCCCGACCUCUCCUACUGUUAAAACCUCUACCCCGACCUCUCCUACUGUUAAAACCUCUUCCCCGACCUCUCCUACUGUUAAAACCUCUUCCCCGACCUCUCCUACUGUUAAAACCUCUACCCCGACCUCUCCUACUGUUACAUCCUCUUCCCCGACCUCUCCUACUGUUAAAACCUCUUCCCCGACCACCUCUACUGUUAAAACCUCUUCCCCGACCUCUCCUACUGUUAAAACCUCUUCCCCGACUUCUCCUACUGCUCUCCUCCUCCUCGCUUCCUCCCAUUCCUCCACCAUUACUUUCUCCUCUACCCCUAUGGUUACCACCGCCACCCUUCAGACCUCAAACCUCCCCAUACACUGUUCACAGGACUCAGUGGACAGCUCUGUUAGUGUUGACCCCGAGGUUGAGACCUCCGCUGACCUUCUACCUCCCCGGUCCCCUCCCCCCAGCAGCCCAGAGGACCUCAGCCCAACUGAGGCCAAACCGCUGCACCAAAGACUGAGACACCGGCCCAAACCCAGCGCUCCCGGCGAGGCCCACUUUGUCUGAACCGUGAUGUCAUCGCACACAGCUGGGGACACAGAAAACAACAACAACAGCCAGCAACAGCAUUGGCCAAGACUUCCAAUGAUAAUGGUCACGUUCCUGCCCGACGACAUUGCAGACGUGUGCCAGAUCUCACCACGCCUGAAAUAGGUACUGUCAGCUAUAACCGCGUCAUACGAUAUAGCCGUCCGGUGCCCAACUGCACAGUCCGUGACGUGGCACACCACCAUAGGCAGGCAUUACUUUACAUCAACCAAUCUCUUUCCUCCCUUUGCGUGGCUCUAGGGAAACAGGGGUGAUUGUUGGGGGGGGGGGAAAUCCCAACAGUGGCAGUCUUGAAUUACUGUUGACGUUUGUAAGCAGGAAGUCUCCCCACUGUGGAUGCUGUCAUAUUGCCGUGUCUCCUUCGACAGACCAAAUAAAACAGUUUUUACAUA